AGUUGUGCUUAAUGAAAACGCUCUCUCACAGAACAAAAUACCAAAUAUAAAUAUUCUCGUUUUACCUUUCAAAUCCAAGUAGAAUUAUAGAAAACCAGAGAGAUGGCAAGUAGGAGAUUGAACUGCAGGUGGUGCGGGGUCCCGUCUUUGGUGCCAGUUGAUUCACAAAACCUAUACUGUCAAGCAUGUCGUCGGUUUACAGUAUUCCAGGGCUACUACAGCGGCUACCCUCCAUCGGGAUCCAGUGGUAAUGCCAAUUUCAUGUCUAGCGACACAUAUGUAACUAACCCUGGUUACACAGCUUACGGUAGAACUUACCAACCAGUUAACUCGGGUGGAGUUUACCGAGUACAACCGCAGUUAUAUGCUCCCGCUGCCCAUGGAUGUAAGCGAGCUGUUCUGUGUGGCAUUACCUACAAAGGACACAAACACAGUCUUAACGGCAGCAUCAACGAUGUGUUGUACAUGAAAAAACUUUUGGCGGAUAGGUUCGGAUUUCCACACUCGUCUAUUCUCGUGCUAACAGAAGAAGAAGACAGCUCACGUGUUCCAACAAAGAGAAACAUCCGAGCGGCACUACGGUGGCUCGUCCAAGGCUGUCAGCCCGGCGACUCGUUGGUGUUUCACUACUCCGGCCACGGCUCGCAAGUGAGGGACCGUGACGGUGACGAGAUCGACGGUUACGACGAAUCCUUAUUGCCGGUUGACUACGAAACCGAGGGAAGGAUACUGGACGACGAAAUUAAUGCCACCAUCGUUCGGCCCCUACCGAAAGGAGCAACACUUCAUUCCAUCAUAGACACUUGCUUUAGCGGAACCUUUCUCGAUCUUCCAAAUGUCUGCAGAAUAAACAGGGACGGAUAUUAUAAAUGGGAGGAUCAUCGUACGGCUGCUGCAUACAGAGGUACGAGUGGCGGAUAUGCAAUCUCUAUCAGUGCGUGUGAUGAUCAUCAAAAUUCUGGAGAUACCACGGCCUUUACAGGUGCAGCGACAGGUGCUCUAACUUACAGCUUUGUCCAAACUUUGGAACAAGAAUCGAGAUUAACUUAUGGACAUCUACUUAUGGUCAUGCACAAGAGAAUAAGUGCGGCUCGAGAAAAAGUAGGUUUGAACAGUAAUGCGCCCCACUUAUCGCAGGAACCACAAUUGUCCUCGUCUCAUAAGUUCGACAUUCACUCGAAGCCUUUCACUUUAUAAAGACGUCGGCUUUUAUCUGCAAAUAAAAGAGGCAAAGUGUGUACUCAUUGGUCAAUUUGAACCAUAUUAUGACCAUUUCUCUACUACAUUUCGCAAAUCCUGUUCUAUAAAAAUUCGAAGUCCAAAAUAAUAAAUAAAAGUGUAUUCUCGGUGUAACAUUCAAGGAUGCUAUUGUGGUAAUUCAAGUUGGCAGACCUGCACUAAAUCAAUGUAACACCGAAUUUUCAAUCGAGUCUUUAAAAUAUAAUUAAGGAAAAGAUGAGGCGAAAACUCGACUCAAAGCAAAGUCGGUCCUUUUCCAAUGGAAUUAUUUCCACCACUUUGCUGGAA